AUUUACCAAAUACCCCAACCUCCCCUCCCUUCAUUCAUUUCUUUCAUCUCAUUUCUUUUCUUCCUUUCUUCCUUUUCUCUCUUGAUCUAACCCUAACCCACCUCUCUCCCAAAACAAAACAAAACAAAAAAACCCAAACUUCCUGCUCUUUCAUUAAUCUAGCUUCAUCUUCUCGGGUUGAUCGGGUUUCGGAUCGAUUGUACGUAAUCUAGCUAGCAAGAUUAGCUUCAAUUUUCAGCUACAAAAAGAAAGAAAGAAAGAAAGAAAGAAAGAAAGAAAGACUAUGGUAGGUUGAUUAUUACCUCCAUCUUUUUCCAUAUUAUUUUUCUUCUAAGGUAGCAAGCUAAGCCAGCAAAAAGGUGAAGAAAAUUAAAAAAAAAGUAAUCUGGGAAAAAGUCUUCAUUCGAUCUCCUUAUUAGCUAGCUAGGUUGUUGUUUGUUGAUUGAUAGAUAAUAUAGUAUACACCCGUUGUACUUCCACUAAUCCAAUUCCUUUCCGCUCCAUUUUCUUAACCUUUACACCUCCACUAUCCUUUGCUAAUCACCCACUAAUUAUACUUCCAUAACAUCAUCAUUAUACUUGGCUUCUUUGAUAUCUGUUUUUUUACUUUAUUCUUCAUUCAAUUUUAAGUUCAUCAACAAGAGGAAAGCUGAUCUAAGAGAGUGUUGGAUGAAUAUGGAUCCGAUAUCGGCAUCACAACAUGGUCACUCCCUUCCACCACCGUUCCAUCUUCACCCUCAACAAUUCCAUCAACUUCAACUCCAAAACCACUCGGAACCCGACCACUCCCCUCGCUUGGGUGUGGGCAAGAGGGAGCGUGAUGAUGACACUACUAGCACCACCGACAACACCGGUACUGACAAUCACGACUCCAAGGACGACGAUGGUGGUGGUGGAGAUCAUCAUAAUAUGAUGUCGAGGCGGCCCAGGGGAAGGCCCGCCGGGUCAAAGAAUAAGCCUAAGCCACCAAUCAUUAUUACACGAGACAGUGCUAACGCGCUCCGGACUCAUGUCAUGGAGGUGUCAGAUGGGUGUGAUAUUAUGGACAGCGUCGCUACUUUCGCCCGCCUCCGUCAGCGAGGUGUCUGCAUCCUUAGCGGAACCGGUACUGUUGCUAACGUCACCAUACGUCAGCCUGGCGCAACCUCUACAGGGAACGGUGGACCUCCAGCUGUUGUGACCCUUCAUGGGAGGUUUGAGAUCUUGUCUUUAGCGGGGUCGUUUCUACCACCACCUGCACCACCAGCUGCGACGGGGUUAAGCAUAUACUUGGCGGGUGGUCAAGGGCAGGUUGUGGGAGGUAGCGUGGUUGGGCAGUUGCUGGCGUCUGGUCCUGUUGUUAUUAUGGCUGCUUCUUUUAGUAAUGCUGCUUAUGAAAGACUACCUUUAGAGGAAGAACAAGAAGGUGGUGGUGGUGGUGGUGGGCCAAUGGGAGGAAUGCAAGGUGGAGGUCAACUAGGUGGAGGUGGUGGGAUGGACCACCAAGGGAUGCCGCCAUCAGCACAACAACUACUCGGAAACGAUCCAAAUGGUGGUGGGGCCGGGUUGUUUCAAGGGAUGCCGCCUAAUCUGCUAAACUCCGUCCAAAUGCCUCCUGAGGGGUACUGGGGGUCAGGCCGACCUCCCUUCUAAUUACAUACUUGAUCCCGACCUUAAUUAAGGGGGAAAUCAUUAUCUGUAAUUUGAACCAGAAAUGUGACAACUAAUUACGGACGGAGGUGUUGACCGGUUACAUGAUGUAUGAACACAAUCAAGAUGGUGCAAUACAAUGAAUCACCAAACAAAGAAAGGUCAGUCAAGUAUUUCGCUUGGAACAAACUCUUUGGUUAAUUGUUGGUAGUGCAAGCUAAGUUAAAGUAGCUAGCAAGAGGUUCAUUUAGGAACCUUUUCUUUUCUUUUCUUUUCUUUUUUUACUAUCAAAUUUUACUUACAUUGUAGGUAGAAGAUGAGUGUUGAUCAUGAGAAUAUGUUAAUUAAUUGGCAAAUGUACGUGUUUUUAUUUGAAGGAACUUAAAGGGGGGAGAUUUAGGUUUGGUGCAAUUUUUUUCUCCUUAAUUUGAAGUUUUUGGUAGUUAAUUUGUUGGUGGUGGAGAAAGUGGUGUUAAAAUUAUUGAAGUGAGAUUUGAUGAUGCUUUUUUGAUUUUGAUUGAGGAUAAUAAUGAAUAUCAUUGUACAUUGUUA